AUGGACGUGGGGCCGCGGGUGCCAGGGCACGCGGUGGCCUGGCUAGCGUGCGCCGCCGUGGCGCUGCUGGCCAAUGCCUGGGGCAUCCUCGGCAUCAGCGCCAGGCACAAGAAGUGGAAGCCGCUGCAGCUGCUGCUGUGCGCGCUGGCYGGCACCCACAUCCUCACAGCCGCGUUGCCCGUCACCACGUACGCAGUGGUGCAGCUGCGGCGCUGGCACUCGGGCUACGAGUGGAGCGAGGGCCUCUGCAAGGUCUUUGUCUGCACCUUCUACACCCUCACGCUCGUCACAUGCUUCUCUGUCACCUCCCUCUCCUACCACCGCAUGUGGAUGGUGCGCUGGCCUGUCAACUACAGGCUCAGCAACGCGCGGAAGCAGGCCAUGCACACUGUCAUGGGCAUCUGGAUGGUGUCCUUUGUCCUGGCGGCACUGCCGGCCGUGGGCUGGCACGACAUGGCCGAGCGCUUCUACGCACAUGACUGCCGCUUCCUCGUCACCGAGAUCGGCCUCGGCUUCGGUGUCAGCUUCCUGCUGCUGCUGGGCGGCUCGGUGGCCACGGGCGCCGUGUGCGCCGCCGUGGCGCUCGUGCAGAGUGCGGGGGUCCGGGCAGGCACGCGCCGCCUCAGCGUGCCUGCCAUCGUGGUGGAGGAUGCGCGCGGGCAGCGCCGCUCCUCCRUGGAGGGCUCCGAGCCGGCGGGCACGUCGCUGCGCGUCACCUGCCUCGUGGGCGGCAUCGUGCUGCUCUACGACGUCCUCAUGGGGCUGCCGGUGCUGGCGCUGAGCGUGGCCGGCCUGCGCGCGGACGCCWCGCACGACUCCACGGUGCUCUGCGUCGUGUGGUGCUCGCUGGGGCAGGCGCUGCUGCUGCCGCCCUUCCUGUGCGCCUGCGAGCGCCGCCGCGCCGGCCUGCGUGCCGCCUGGGACAAGUGCCGCGCGCUGCUGGCCCGCGGGGACCCAGGGAGCAGCGUGGACGGCACCAGUGCCGCCGAGGCGGCCUGCGCCGAGCCCAGGUGCGACGCGGAGCCACCGGCACUGCCGCAGUGCCCUGCAGGCCUGGCGCUGGAGCGCGGCGCGGAGCCGGCGAGCGUGGCGCCGCAGCCAUCCCCGUGCAGGAUGCACUACCUGCAGGUGCCCCCGCUGCGCCGCCACUCGCACGACGAGACGGACGCGUGGGCGGGCGGCGAGCUCGCGGCCCCCGCGCAGCGCUGGGCAGGUCUGCCGGGCACCCACCAUGCCGCGCGCCGCCGCUCCGCCGACUCCGCUGCCCUGCCCGACGACGGUGAUGAYGAUGAUGAUGACGACGAGCUGCUCCGGUGGCGACCGGCCCGCACUGCUCCCCCGGGCCUGGCUGCCUUCCCCCUGGCCACGCUUGAGCGGGAGCCGCGGCGACUGCGGUGGGCGGUGGGGCCGGACAUGACCGUCGCCCCGGCGGUCCUGCCUGUCCCGGUGGUCCUGCCCAUCCCACAACCGCUGCCUGUCCCGGAGCCGAUGCCCAUCCCACACACACUGCCUGUGCCAGGGGUCCUGCCUACCCCAGACCCACUGCCUGCCCUGGGGCUCCUGCCCGUCCCGGACCUGCUGCCCGUCCCGGACCCGCUGCCCGUGGCGGGGGCCCUGGCAGUGCCGGUGCCACAGCUGGCGCCCGAGGAUGCCCCGCUCCUCGGCGGCAGCUUCCCCGGGUCGUCCUCAGCCUCCUCGGGCUACGCAACGUCGCGCUCGGGCUCGGGCGGCUCGUCCGGAUAG